AUGACACACAGUUCAACUCAAGUACCUCAAACGCAGUAUAAGCAGUUUACCAGGGAGGAGAUCCAACGAGUCCACAGUGGGAUGAUUGCGUCGGACGCUGAAUUUAUGAAAAUCCAAGCGGACAUCAAGCGAAAGUUGCAAGCUCGCAGAAAGCACGACGAGUUGAGGCAAUCACUCGAAAGUUCCCCCUCAGGUCCAGUUUCAGACUCGAGUAUUCAAAUUGAAAACUUUCUGGCGGCCGACUUUAUUGAAACAACCCCUGUUGAAAUCAGGAGAAAACACAUCAGCAUCGCCAACUUUGAAGAGUUUAUGCAAUUGGAGUUUAUUCCUUCAUUACUGUCUCAAAGAGCCAAUGUAAAGCUAAACACGGACCUCUUCAUACUUUGA